CCCCUAGCAACCUGAGCCGGACGCUGUCAGUACACAGCGGCCACAGGGCGCUCGACGCUGCCCGACGAUGUUGUGCGUGCUUGCACGCCUUGCUCCUUGACUCAAUUUUUUUUUAACGUUUUUUGGAUGAUGUUGCUGCUUUCAAUAAUGCCAGGAAUCCAGCAGGUUUAGUGCUCGGGUCCAGGCGAUCAGAGAGGGGAAGGCUGGUGAGAGGAACAGUUUAACUGUUCGGAGGGGAAAGCUGAGCAGAAAACGACCAGUUAGUUGCCUGCUGAUAAUCCCUUGGAAGAACAAUUGUCAUCUGGAGUCAAGAUCAUGGGACUAUUUGACAAACUAGCCGGAUGGCUUGGUCUAAAGAAGAAGGAGGUUCAUGUGUUGUGUCUAGGGCUAGACAAUAGUGGGAAAACGACAAUCAUUAAUUAUUUAAAGCCUUCAAAUGCUCAAGUUCAAGAUAUUGUUCCAACCAUUGGAUUCAGCAUAGAGAAUUUCAAGACUUCGGGCCUGUCUUUUACCGUGUUUGAUAUGUCUGGCCAGGGAAGAUAUCGGAACUUAUGGGAACAUUAUUAUAAGGAAGGCCAGGCUAUCAUUUUUGUCAUUGAUAGCAGUGACAAGUUGAGGAUGGUGGUUGCAAAAGAAGAACUUGACACGCUUCUUAAUCAUCCAGACAUUAAACAUAGACGAAUUCCAAUUCUGUUUUUUGCGAAUAAGAUGGACCUCAGAGACGCUUUGUCAUCAGUUAAAGUUUCUCAGAUGUUGCGUUUAGAAAACAUCAAAGAUAAGGCUUGGCAUAUUUGUGCCAGUGAUGCUCUAAAAGGCGAAGGAUUACAGGAAGGUGUUGAUUGGCUCCAAGAUCAAAUCAAAGCAAUGAAGACGUGAAGAAUUAAUGGCACAUGAAUGCCUCCAGUACGACAUAGCAGAAUGUGACUUGGCACAGCUUGAGAAUUGAACUUAUGCUGAGAUAUGUCUUAUCAUGUUGUGGACUCAAUUUUAUUCUAUCUUUGAAAUGUAUGCUGAAGGAAGAAAAAUAAUGUACAUAGUCAAAGUAAUAAUGUGUAAUAUUUUUACAAGUUUAAUGUAGAUUUUGCGAAGAACCAUAUUAAGGAAUUAAGCUAGAGAUCUGGAAGGAGUGCUUUUUGUUCAAGUACUCGCCAGCAAAAGACCCCUGAGAAUUUAUUUUGAUUGUGUCUGGAAAGAUCAGAAUUGCCAGAUGGACAAGGAGUGCUUGCAGUCUGCUGUAACCAAGUCACAAAGGUGGAGUGGCCUCGCGCAGUCACAAGCUGCUUCUUGCUACGCAAUCACUUCACUUCCCACUUUCAGGUUGGUCUGAAGGUUGUUUACCACUGAUCUGCACAGGUGCAAUCCCUAUUGAAAAGGCUGGGCAAAACAAUGUGAUUAAUGUAGGACCUGUCUAAACAGCUCUUUGAGAUGGUCAGCACAGACUCAGUGGGCUAAGAAUCUGGUUCUGUGCUGUGUCUCUGCCUCUCUGAGAAGGCAAUCAAUUUAAAGCUCUUUAUGAAGUUAACUUGUCAAAAUAUCGAAGUACGGAAAAUUUUAAAGUCCAUCCACACCUGUCAUCCCCUUUGUAGAUCCAAGUGUGUUGUAAAAUAUGUAUAUUGAAUAUUUAAAAUGUGAUCAUUUUCUCCAAAUGUAUAGCUCUAUAGAGGAUGAUGGAGAUAUGUAUUAAUAUGACAGCAGUCUCCUGCAUCCAUUUUGUUAGGUCACUCAAAUUAAAUGCACUUUUGUGUGAUUCUCUUUUACAAUCACCCGAAGCUUUAAGGGAUUUUAAGUUGUAUUUGAUUAGGUUAUUACUGAAUAUAUUUUAGGCUUAGCUUUAUGAAAAGAGGAAAUCGGAUCUACUAAAGGCCCAAGCCUUUUGUUGAUCUGAGCCCAACUUGCAAACUAAAAAUAAACUGAAGCAAGUCA